CCCUAUACGAAUCUGAUCUAGUUUAAUCUCUUUAAUUGCAAACGUGUUUCAGAAAUGGUUGUGGACGAAAAAAUUACGGAUUUAAAUAACGAAAAUGAAGUGCAGGAUACAAUGGUAUCGAAAGAAAAGAAAACAUAUUCUUUAGAAAUUCUAAAAAUUAUUAAAGAAGCUCAACAACAACAUGGACUGAGACAUGGUGAUUAUCAAAGAUACAGAGGUUACUGUUCAAGGAGACUUAGACGUUUGCGUAAAGUUCUUAAAGUUCCGCAAGGUGAUAGACGUCACUUUAAAAGAAAAGAUAUUACAGGAGCAAUGGUUAGCGAUGACAAAUUUCUACAAGUUCCGUUAAUGCUCUCUGAGCGUGCUUGGAGUUAUGCAAUGCAGUUAAGACAAGAAUCCAAUACAGAACUACGGAAGAAGUUCCAUUUAGUAUCAAGAUUAAGAAAAGCUGCUAUGUAUUCUUUACAAUUGCAAGAAUUGAUAGAAAAUAUAAACAGCGAUGCUCGUACUAAACUAGAAGCACAAGCAUAUGUAGCUUGGAUGCAUGGAUCAUUGCAUUUUGAAUUGCAGUUAUGGAAAGGUGCAAUGGAAAAUUUACAAAAAGCUCAAGUGGUUUAUGGAAAACUAGCUUCUGCUUUGUCAGAAAAUGAACGAUUGAUGUACAAUGCACGCGUUGAAGAACUUGCACCAAGUCUUAGAUAUUGUGCCUAUAACAUAGGAGAUACUACUGCCAUUGAUGAUCUUAUGCAGAUGAGAGGACAAUUAAGCGGAGAGCUAUUAGCUGGAUUAGAUUCAUUGAUUGCUCAAACACGUGAAAAGCAAGCAAAUACUGAAGAAGUUACAUGGCGUGGUAAAUCAUGUGGUAUUGUGCCUCCCAGAGCUGCUGGCUUACUGAUAGCAGAUUCUAGAUUGAAUCAAACAUUGGAAAAGACAGCAACUAAUCAAGCUAAGAUUGAUCUUUUAGAAGCACAUCUUAUAGAUUGCAAAGAUGCAAUUGUAGCUGUGCGAGAUUUCUUUAAAAAUGAAUUAAAAAACAAAGAUAAUGACAAAGUAUCUCCAUCUCAACAUUUAGUUACCUAUUUACAAUAUAUCCGAUUAUCUCGUACAUUAGAACGUAAUUUAGCACUAGUAAAAGUAGCUGAAGAAUCUGAGAAGGCUAAACCUCAGGAUAUUGUAAGAUUGUAUGAAGCUGCAUUGCACAAUCUAGUUGAAAUAUCACAAUUACAAGAUGAUAAAGAAUUUGCACUCGAACAAGAAGCUAAAACUAAAGCUUACAGAGCUUUUAGAUGUUUUUAUAUGGCACAAUCUCUAGCUAAUCUUCAUCGGUGGCGUGAAGCAAUGGCAUUAUAUCAGCGAUCUUUACAACAUGUAAAAGAUGCUCUUCAACAUAUCAAUAUCUUACCCAUUGAUUUAAAAGAAGCUUUGAAUAAGUUAGAAACAUCAAUUGAAGGUGCUCAAUAUGCUGCUCAUGCUCAUAGUGUUUUGGAGGAUGGUCAAGAUGAAGAAUCAGGGACAAAUAAAUUCACGAAAAGCAAGAAACCAUUAUAUGAACGGCUUCAUGAAUACAGAGAAGAUAGUGCAUUACUUACAAAACAACCCAAUGUUUAUAAACUACCACCAGCAAUGCAGAGCAUUCCUUGUAAACCAUUAUUUUUUGACUUAGCUUUCAAUAUGGUUGAAUUUCCAGAUUUAAGUGACAAACUUGGCGAUCAAGUUAAGAAGGGAGGACAAGCUGGUCUUACAGGCUUUGUUAAGGUUAUCUGGGGAUGGGGAAACAAAUAAGAUCACAUUUGAAAUGAUUAUUGCUCGUGCAAUAUCUUUUGGUUACAUAUUAAUUUUCAACAUCUAUUAUUUACAUAUGAAUCAUGUCUUUAUAUUCUAUCAAUUAGUAAAUUAGAAAAGAAUAAAAAAAUGUAUGUACAAA